AUGACUGCCACUGUCUUGUCCGCAGACACCCUGAGACCGAGGCCAGCGAUACUCCCCACCGUAAACUCCACCUGGAUGGUGGCCAGGACCGAAGCCCUCUCCACAGAGGGGCCCGCAGCCAGAAUCAGGGACAUGCACACCCUUACGCCGACACCUAGUAUAGCCGCGCCGAGCCCGCAAGCAGGCCCGGCGCAGCUGCGCGAUCUCCUCUGUCCACCAAUGGGCGGCAGAACGCUCGCGCCUACCACCCCCGAACCGGGACCUGGGGGCCGAGUCGUCGUAGGCACGAGCCAUGGUGCCAGCACCUCCUACAUUCAAGAGGCGGAGAUCCAACUCGGCGGCCCAUUCCGAGAGGAUCUCCCCUCUACGGUUCUCCCGGCGGGGAUCCCACAGCCAGGACUUGGCGUUGAAAUCCCCGCCAAGGAGAACCCCACGCCCCCGAAGGCCGGAGAGCACACCGCGGAGCCGGUCCAGCCGACCGAGGAAGGCCGCGAUCCCCCCACUAGGUGGAAGGGAUUUUUGGGUCACCAUAAGUAA